UGGGCUGCAGCCUCCUGCAAGAGAACAUUUGUCCAUGUUUUCUGGAACCUCGUGAGAACUCUCCAGAAAUAAAUGAAAUGAAGAAGGUUAACAGAGAUCUGCAGAUGGAGACUGAAAGGCUGGUGUAUGGGGGACGGUAUGACGGAAGACAGGACUUUGCAGUAGUGCUGCAGCCUUUCUUCGAGAACUCUGCUGUUGCAAUGGUCGAAGAUGGCACACCAGACCUGACUUUCUUCUCUGUGGAUUGUUUUCAUUUCUCUGAACGUGGACAGGCAGAGAUGGCAAUUGCGCUCUGGAACAACAUGCUGGAGCCUGUGGGCAGUAAACAAAACUACAAUAAUUUCACAUAUGACCGCAGUAAGAUCCAGUGUCCCACAAAGGAGCAACCCUUCAUCUUUACAAUAAUAAAUAGUGUCUCUGAUGUUCUUACAACUGCCGUACCCACCACAGUUGCACCAGGCACCCCUCUCCCCGCAGAUUGCUCCAGUGAUUCUAUACCGGCCUGGGCAGCUGCUGUUCUGGCUGUAGGAGGCUUGAUUAUUGGUUGGAUUGUAACUUGGAUCAUCUUCUACUACAGAGAACGAAAGAACAGAAAGAAAAACCAAAGCACAGAAAUGAAUGGAACUAAGUUCUAAUAAGAUUUUUUUUAAACACAGAUAUAUAAAUAUAUAAUUGUAUAAUAUAAACUAAACCCACCCCUAAGCUUUCCCUUUUUGCAUUUUUUAAAUUAAAAUCAUAUUUAUUUCAUAAUGUUUU